AUGACGCUGGAUUUGCACAAAAAUCCACACAGUUGCCUUGAGAAAGAGCUGGAUCGUAAAGCAAAGCCUCGUUACAAUGGCCCUUAUGAAAUUGUGCGAUGUACUAAAGGAGGAUUGUAUGUUCUGAAAGAAAUGGAUGGAUCAGUAUCACAAAGAGCAAUUGCAGCAUUUCGACUGCUUUCCUAUUUCAACCAACAGUCUAUGCCCCUCCUGGAUGAACUGGAUGACCAUGAUGACAACCUAGAUGAGCCUGAAGAUGAACCUGACUAUGAGCAUAACAACUCAGAUGAUGAAGAUGAUGAUUAA